AUGGGAAUCAGAGCAAAUAAAACAGGACAAAUGUACCUGAAUUCGACUCAACAAACAAACUGCUUGACUAAGAUGAAUGAUGAAGGAAAUGGAAUUGAUGUUUCAGGUUGUGGUGUUGAGAAGCUAACAAAAACUGGUAGCAGCUGCUCAGAUUUCACUGUUGAUGACGUUAACAUGAAGUUCGGAGACAAACUCAGAAAGUUGAGUUAUAACUGUCAAUUUCAGGAUACUGCAGAUAAAAGAGGUCAUUUGUGCGAGUUCUGUGUAAAUAGCUGGAAAGAUAUAAAGGAAGUGAGGUCGAAAAAUGAUAAAUACGCAAAGGCAGAAUCAGAUAUAUGUAGGUUUGCAGUAUUAGUAUCACUAACAAGUACUAGAAUUAUAGAUCAAGCAUGGCUCAGAAAGCUUUACAAUAGCAUUUCAAAUCAAAAGCAACCUGUGAACUUUGCAUAUACAGAAGAAAAAAGGCAAGAGCAAGACGAGCACUCGGAGCUGACAGAAAAACACAAGUUUAGACCAGUUUCACCAGUCCUAAUUGGAGGAAUCCUAGCAGUCCUGAUAACUGUAUUUAUCUCAGUGUGGACAUUCAUAAGAAAGAGGGCCAAUGUAGAUGCAUCUGAGAAGAAAUUUGGCAAUGUUUUUGCCACUCAGUCUAUAGAUCUGGCAAUGCCAAAAGAUUCUAGUUUGGAAGUCUCCAUUGAGGAGGUCUACUCAGCUACAAACAUUCUAAAUGAAUCACACUUCAUUGGUGAGGGGACAGCAGAAAAGGUGUAUAGAGGAGUUCUCCCUAACAAUCAGGAGGUUGCAAUUAAGCACAUAAUCCAUGAAGAAUGUAUAGAAACAUUCCUCAGGGAAGUCAAAAGCCUAACUAAUGUCAGACAUCCAAACCUGGUAGCCUUGCUUGGCUACAGCAAGAAUGCCAAAGAAUAUUUCCUCAUCUAUGAAAUUUGUCCCUACGGCAAUCUCUCUCAGUGGCUCUUUGGUAUGUAA